AAAAAAAAAAGGAUGGUGAGAAUCGUGAGAAGUUGUAUACAGUCCAUGUUGAAGCUCGUGAAUUCCCUAAUUGGGAUGGUUGGGAUCGCCAUGAUUCUCUACGCUGUUUGGCUUAUUAGACAAUGGCAAGAACAAAUGGGAGACCUUCCCUUUGCUGAUUCUGAUCACCCUCUUCCUUGGUUCAUUUAUUCGUUUCUCGGUCUCGGGGCCAUUCUCUGUCUUGUCACUUGUGCCGGGCACAUAGCUGCUGAAACCGUGAAUGGAUGUUGCCUUUACAUGUAUAUGGGAUUCAUUGUCUUGCUAGUUAUGGUUGAGGGCGGUGUGGUUGCCGAUAUCUUUCUAAACCGUGACUGGAAACAGGACUUUCCUGAGGAUCCAACUGGUGCUUUCCACCAUUUCUCUGAAUUCAUUGAGUCGAACUUCAAGAUCUGCAAGUGGAUAGGUCUCGCUAUCGUGUGUGUCCAGGGUCUAUCAGUUUUAUUGGCAAUGUUGCUCAAAGCUCUUGGACCUCACCCUCACCGUCAUUAUGACAGUGACGACGAGUACAAUGUAAGCACAGUUGCACUCCUCCAGGACGCUCGACAGCCGCCUCCAUACGUUGUUGGAGAACCCAUGUAUGGACCCAAACCGGGAGCUUGGACCGUUAGGUUAAUGAAAGGGCAAACCGGUGAGAAGAAAAGCGCAAACGAGUCUUCUCUCUUUCCAUGUGUGCAUUUACUUUGCCUUCUUGUUUCUUUCACUUUCUCUUUCAGUGUUAUCUCUUGUAAAUCCUGGAUUCACAGAUACAUAUUGGAGAUAUUGUUCCAACAUUAUAAAAAGUAUGUGAUGAAUGUAAAUCUCUCUACACGCUUUUAGGUUUAAGCAUCAUUUCAAAUGUU